UCAUAUUUGUGGCUAUAUUUUUUUUAAUUUGAUUUUUAUCUUACAGAAAUAAGUUAAUAUUUAUUGAUUGGCCAACUGCGCAUGCGUCUGUCAGAGGAGGCGUUUUCCGGUUAAAAAGAGAGAAUGAUUCGAUUUAUUCUAAUUCAAAACCGAGCAGGAAAAACAAGGUUAGCAAAAUGGUACAUGCAUUUUGAUGAUGACGAAAAGCAGAAAUUGAUUGAAGAAGUGCAUGCAGUUGUUACUGUCAGAGAUGCCAAACAUACAAAUUUUGUAGAGUUUCGAAACUUUAAAAUUGUGUACAGACGGUAUGCUGGGCUGUAUUUCUGCAUAUGCGUGGAUGUCAGUGACAACAACUUAAUGUACCUUGAAGCCAUCCAUAACUUUGUAGAAGUAUUAAAUGAGUACUUCCACAAUGUGUGCGAGUUGGAUCUUGUAUUUAAUUUUUACAAGGUAUAUAGUGUUGUGGAUGAAAUGUUUUUAGCUGGUGAAAUAAGAGAGACAAGUCAAACUAAAGUACUCAAACAACUGCUGAUGCUCUCAUCCUUAGAAUGAUCUGAUAGUGAUGUGUUGUAGAAAUGUAUUCCAUGUAAUGUUAUAACUGGAUUCAUGUGUUUUUUUCACAUUCCAAUUAUAUUUUUGGGGCAACUUUAAAUUUUGCAUGAAAAAAACCUUUAUUACUGCAAAUCAAUUACAGAUAAUGUUAAGAAAAAAGAUAUGUCCCCAAAAACCUGUAAAUCAUCUAUCACCAUUAUUCAAGUGUUGAUGUUAGAAACAGCAUUGUAGAUUCAAUGUUUAAGGGAACAAAAGAUGUAUGAAUGGAAAAUUUAGAAAGGAUGUAUAUACAGAAUGAGAGCAUAUUUAUAUAUUUAUGCUAAUCAUAAUAUCUUAGAUUGAAUGAUGUGACUUUUAACAAUCUUCACAACUUAGAUCUAUAAUAACAGAUUUGUGUUGUGAUGGUUAUUCCCCUAAAAGGGAACUGUGCAAUUUGUAAAUAAAGUAUCAAAUUAUAA